GAGAAGAGGCACCUGGUGGCCGAUCGGCCGGGAACCCGCUUGUUCCCACCAGAAAACCGCAUCGGCAACACCCCUUCCCUCCGCCCUUCGCCCCCUUUUGCUUUAUUCUCCUGCCUUUCCGCCGUCCCUCCUCCACUCUCUGCACCCUCGCCGCCCCUCGCCUUGGGAAGGACAGAAAAAGCUCCAGCUGUGCGUGCCUCUGUGUGUGUGUGUGUGCAUGCGUGCGUGUGUGUGUGUGUAGGGAAGGCUGGAGCGGGGUGGGACUGAAGAGCCGUGAUUACAGCUCUCCCCGGAGAAGAAGAUUGCUCUCUCCAGAUGCUGAUUUCUGAAAGCACUUGGCAAUCAUCAGGCGGGAGCCUGCAAAAGGCGGUGGUAGCCACCUCGGCCGCGGCGAUGGCAGCGGCGGGCGAGCGGGCGGCGGCGCGGGGCUGAGGGGCAGCCCAGGGAGGAGGCGCUGCCGGCGGGACCCGACCCGACCGAGCGCGGCUCUGCCCCGAGUCCCGCUUGCUCCGCUCCGCGCCGCCAGCCCUCACGCAGACACCCGCGGCCCGAGCAGGUGCCCCUGCACCGGGGCAGGGAGGGAAGGGCGGCGAGGCACCCAUGCGGUGACCCGCGGCGGCAGCAGCUCCCGCGGGGCGCAGGGCGGGGGUGCCCCGCUGCAGCCGCGCUUGGGGCCAGAGGAGGCUCCCGCUUGCCCGCACCUCCGGGGAUGGGUCCUCGCCGGGGCUGAGAGCCCCGCCGCCGCCCUCCCUGCUGUCCGUCGCGGCGCCGGCCGACGUGGGCGAGCUGGUGAGCAGCCAUGGCAGCGGCCAUCGCCAGCGGCUUGAUCCGCCAGAAGCGUCAAGCGAGGGAGCAGCACUGGGACCGGCCCUCGGCCAGCAGGAGGCGGAACAGCCCCAGCAAGAACCGUGGGCUCUGCAACGGCAACCUGGUGGACAUUUUCUCCAAGGUCCGCAUCUUCGGGCUCAAGAAGAGGCGGUUGCGGCGCCAAGAUCCCCAGCUCAAGGGUAUAGUGACCAGGUUAUAUUGCAGGCAAGGCUACUACUUGCAAAUGCACCCCGAUGGAAGUCUCGAUGGAACCAAGGAUGACAGCAGUAAUUCUACGUUAUUCAACCUUAUACCAGUGGGUCUUCGAGUUGUUGCUAUCCAGGGUGUAAAGACUGGGUUGUAUAUAGCCCUAAAUGGAGAAGGUUUCCUCUACACAUCAGAACUUUUUACACCGGAGUGCAAAUUCAAGGAGUCUGUUUUUGAAAAUUAUUAUGUAAUCUACUCAUCCAUGCUCUACAGACAACAGGAGUCCGGGAGAGCCUGGUUCUUGGGGCUGAACAAAGAAGGGCAGGUCAUGAAAGGAAACAGAGUGAAGAAAACAAAACCAGCAGCUCAUUUUCUACCCAAGCCAUUAGAAGUUGCCAUGUAUCGAGAACCAUCUUUGCAUGAUAUUGGAGAAACGGUGCCAAAGGCUGGGGUAACUCCAAGUAAAAGCACAAGUGCAUCUGCAAUAAUGAAUGGCGGCAAACCAGUUAACAAGAGUAAGACAACAUAGCCAGAUCGUCGCAGGUGUUAUGACUUACUGAGUCCCGAGUACAGUUGAGCAAUUUAUCCUUGCCAGACUUCCCCUCUGCAGUGUCUGUGGAGCAGCUUGUGGCCAGUCGCAGACUUGCCUGUUUCUGUUUCUGAACUGAGUUGUUGCAAGCAGAUAAAUCUCAACAUGUAGCUCCACCCACAGCGAGAAGACACCUGGAUGAACCAGCUAAACUCAGACCAUGGAAUGCCCUACCAGAUAUUGGAAUGCCUUUUUAAUAUCUUUUCUGUGACUGUGACACUUCAUGUGAAUGACAUACUUCACAAGUACACUUGAUACCUUGCCUGCUGACAAUUGCCCAUAAUCCCUUUUUGAGUCCAGUUUCAGCAAAAUCCAUGUGUUUAAGUUCUAUUUUGUAGCACACAAAUAAUCAAGUAAUUUCUAGUUAGAUGCUGUAAACCUGUGCUAUUAUGGAUUUCUCUUCUUCCCUUUUUUAUAAGGCUGCUCGCUCCACUGUCUGUGACCUUUUGCAGGGAUUGUGUUUCUCUAGAACUUAAGUGUUGCCAGUGGCAUAGAUUUGAAAGCAAUCAGGGAAUCAGGAAGCCUUCAAAAUCUCUUAUUACAAAUUAUAUCUAUAAAGAAUAGGAUUAUUGUUUCUGGCUUACAAUAUUGAUUAAAUGUGAAUACUCUUUAGUAACAGAUACUGUGCUUCUGAGGUUGGCAUUAUAGUGGAGGGAAGAGUGUCAAACACAACCACCAGGAAGUUUUCUGAACCAAGUGUUUGGCAUCCCCCUAUAGUUUCUUUUUGUGCGUGUGUUUUAUACAUAUCACAGGCUUACUGGUAAUGGUAACAUUUGCCUUGCCCAGCGAGCAAGACCCGCUCAUUUUUGGAAAAGUGGGUCCAAAUAAUUUUAUAGGCCUUGUAGGCCUGAAUUAAGGCUCAUUUUUCAUCUACUGAAUCUUCAUGGUUUGAAAAAGAAAACCACACACCACCAAUUUAAAAAAAAAAAAAAGAAAAAAAAAGACUAGCCGGAAUUGCGCUACCUAAAUCCAUUUCAAAUAUAAUCCUUUCCUGUUUUUAAGGAACUGAACUUAAUGCCAUUGUUAUUUUUGGCUGAAACCCACACGUACUUAGCAAAGCAUGGGCAAGGAUGUUGUUGUGUUCUUUUUUGCAGCACCAAUGCAAAGGGUAGUUACAAAUUAUAGUUUAAUAUUUCUGGUGUUUUAAAAAAAAAAAAAAAAGUUUUAAAACUGGAUAUAUUACAAAACUUUAUUUUUAUUUUUAGCUAAGCAUGCGAAGUCCGGUCCUAUGUAUCUCACUGAUAUCCCAGUACAUACCUCCACCCAGCUUCCUUGGAUAAUAUGCCCACCAAAUUGCUAGAUUGAAGGUGCCUUGCCUUGAUCUCUGUACACUGUACUUUCUCCUACAUGAACCUAGAAGAAAUCAAAAACAUCAUGAAAUUGAAGCCUUGGAUCAUGUUACCGGGAACAACACCAACCCUUUGAGUUUGCCACUUGUGAACAAUUAAACCAAUGUUAGGAGUAGUGAGGAAGAUUUAGAGAAUGCCACAGAGAUGCCACUGAAGUGUUGCACACUUAGUCACAGGCUUUCAGAAGACUAACAUUGUGGAUACACUCUCUGUGCUUAAGAAGGUAUUUGUUUCUCAGAAAGGGCAACAAGAACCAAACUGCACCUCAGUUUGGAAAACUGUGUGGCGAGGCUCUCUUGGCCCCUUGCUGUUACCUUGAUAUUCGAAGACAAAAAAAGGAAAUAAUGCAUUCCUUUUUUAGCACUGUAUUUCUGGCAAUUUGUUUUAUCACAUCUUUGUGCUGAAGUCCCUAGCAGAGACCACUGGUUAUUUCGACACCCUGUCUGCUCAGCUAAACAACUGAUUCAGUCUGAAUGAACUCUUCAUGGUAGUUUUCCAAUGUGUUCAGUUUUUAUAUGCAACAUUUAGUGCACUCUUUAAGGGGGUUACUGUAAAGCUGCUAAAUUCUAGAUUUUUUUUUUCAUAGGCCAGACUUCCUUGUUUAUAAAUGUAAUAUGAGAACAGGAAGCUAAUACUUGAUGUUGGGUCUUUCUAGGGAGGGAGUAAGUUAAGCAUGAAGCCCACUCUCCAUGUAGAGAAAAAAAUACAAACCUGCUUUAAUACUGUGAUAAAAACACAAGGAAACUUUGACUUAGACUGUGCCCUUGCCCACAAGCACUCAAUAUGUGUGCAUGGGGAAAAUACUUCAUAGAAACUUCGGUGCACCCUUUUCACCCCACCUGGUCCAGGGGGAUUUGUGCACCAUUCCUGAGAAAAAAAAAAAAAACAAAACCAAAGCAACUCACAUGGUGACUGGGAGCUUGCCCUGCAUCUGGAGGACCCAUGAGAGGCAGCAGCCUCAACAUUGUGCUAUCUGCUGGCCAUAGAGGAGGUCCCAGGCCUUCCUACAAUUAGAAGAGGAGCACUUCACAAAAUUUUGAGUAAAAUAAUACAGCUGAAGGUGGCAUUCUCUCUCUCACCUGAACCUCAUAAGAGUUCAUGAGGAGGGAAAACGUGUUCUUGUCCCAUCCAGCCAUCUUUUUCCCUCCUAGUGUAAGAGUCUGGGGAGAAAUGGGGCUGAAGAUCUGGCUGAGCCAUGCAAGGAGGUUCUGGUUCAUGGCCCAAUGCUACAUAAGUAAUGUUUUCAACAUUAAACUUUUUAUCCCAAGUAAUUACAAUCUGUGAACCUGUUGGGGGGGCUAUAAUUAAGGCCAGAUAUCAUUUUUGUAAGCAGUUAGUAUAUAUGGGAAAUACAGUAUUUUAAAAAUUAUUUUCUGUUUUUGUUUCUAUGGGCUAAAUCCAUAUGUGCAUUUAAUCCAAUGACUAGGUGUCCUAAAAAUAUUUUUUCUACAAUCUGUUUCAACACAGCAAAGGGGUCUUUGUGGUUUUUUCUUUUCUUCUGUUAAUUUUGUCACUUGUCUCACUUGUUGCAUGGGAAGAGGAUGGCAAGGAUCAACUGCAUGUAGUAGGUUUUGUCUGUCAAAGAACUGUUGGUCUGUAUUACUAAAUUUACAUACAUAUAUGCAAAGAGGUUGUCUGCAUUGUACAGUUUGUGUUUAUUCUUAUUUGUUGUAUACACAGAUUCCACAUGAAUAAAACAUUUAUAUGAAGGCAUACUGGAAAACAACAAAAAAAGUUUAUGUGAGAAGUAGACUGUGCAAAACACCAUUGCACUGGCCACAGGAUGGUGAAACUUCAUGUAAAUAGUUUGGCAAACUCAGUUCUCCCCUUUUACCAUGCCAAAGAAAAUUUUAGCUCCUUAAUAUAAUACCUCUCUUGCUGUUCUCCAGGAUGAGACUUCACCAUUUUCUUCCCUCUAAAACUAACAUUGCUGUUAAGUGAAAGCUGUUUUUAACUGUCUGUUACUACUAAAGUACUGUACAGUAAACCUGAUGGAAUCAAUUUGUAUUUACAGAUUGGGUUUUUUGUACUUAUAUGUCCAGCUGUCUGUGAAUCUGCAGCAUUCCAGAUCUUUUGCAUGCUUGCUUUGUGUUUCGUUCUUCUUCAAGGUUUUAUCUAAUCUCUGAGAGACUGUUUGCACAGCAAUCCAACCUCAUUUUACCAUUUCAUAUGUUAACACUGCACAUAGUAAUUUUCUCUUUCCUUUCCUUUUUUUAAUCUGUAGUUCAGCUACAGUUCUAUUUAACGAAAUCAGUCACACCUGCACAGUUUUAGAAAUCCAGUUUUACGUAGAUAUGAACUACUUCAACAAAGCAUCAUUUUGUUGUACUUCAAAACUUUUAUAAAUGCACAAGAAUCCUUAUGAGAUUGCUCAUGUGAAGAGCCUAUAGAAAGGUGUCUAUAGCUUUUAAGUGCUUUGUAGUUCACAUAACACAGCUUUUGCUUAAUUUGCUGCAUUUUUUAGCCAGUCUCCAAUAAUUUUUAAUAUACUUUCAUUUUCAUAAACUUUAACUUGUGUAGAGUCAGGCUGGUUCUUAGCAAACCCCCUCCUAUCCAAAUAUAAAUUAAAGUAAUUCACUUGGACUAUGGCGUAUACCUGAAACAACACUAAGAACUCUUUUUCUUAUAUAUAUAGGGAAACUCUUUCUCUUGGUUUAAAACCACCAUGAGCAAUGAGGUAUGAAAGGAGGUGGUUUGGUCCAUGCAUUAUAAAUGUGUCUUGCCAAUCCAUCUCUUUAUCAGUAUGAAGAAGAAAUUAUCCAACUCCAUUCAAAUUGGAAUGCAAGUAAAGUUAGGCUAAGUAAGGAGGUUAUCUUUCUUUUAAAUGCCCUUUUAGAUAAACGCAUAUUCCAUGCAAUGCAUUUUAAAUGUCUAAUAACAGGGUGUUUUUUGUGAUGACUAACGCAAAUGCUAUGACUUAUUUUUAAAGAUGUUAUAAAAUUUUUGUCCUAUUACCUAGUCACAGAAACAUUCAACUUAGCUUUCUUCAUCCCAGUAUCAUUUAGCUACAAAAUAAGAUGUCAUUCUGUAAAGAUGCAGGGGCAGUGCAUCAGAAAUGUCAGAGCAGCUAUAUGAUUAAACUUACUUCUACAUGUUUCUAAAAGAGAGUAUGGCCAGGAAAAAAAAGAUCAUAAGUAAAUUAAUAAUAUAUAGAAGGAUCUCAAUCCACAGCUGCUUUAUAGGUGAUAUUACAGAUAUACGAUAUACAAUUCGCAUAAUCCUGCAAGUCUAUUGUCGAAGCAUUUAGCACACUUCUGGAUUUUGUUCUUUCUCUCCUAAGAAGAAAGCAAGGCUAAAGUAUCUUUUGUUUAUCAAUCUAGCCAGUACAAAAUCCCCAUUAAUCCAAUUUGGUUUUGCCACCUAGAACUGCCUUUUGCCACAGGCCAGGAAGCAAGUUUCUACAGUCACUAGAUAUGGAGAAUCAAGCAGGAUGUUUCACUCCCUUACACCUCUUCCUACUUUUAUAGUUUACGUAUCUGGAAUUCCCAUCACAGAGAAUGAGGUGUAAAAUCACAAUUUAUUAAUACAGCUAUUAUUUUUACAUAUGUGAAAUAAUAACCUUAUUCCUUCUGAUCUCAUUUUUUUUGGUGAGGAACUGAGCCACAAAACAUCUGCUGGGAGUUACAUCACCAGUUACUUCAGCAUGAAGAGUGAGGGGAAUGUUCAAGCAACAUUAUAAGACAGAGAAAAAAAUUGGAAAGGGAUUUAUGUAUACAUUAUAUUUUUAGAACUCUUAGUUAAUGCUUUAAGGUUUGUAGUGAUAGCACAAUUUUGUUCAAUAAUUUAUAUCCUAAUGAACCACUGACAGCAGCAGUCUUAGAGUAUUCUAAUGUUUUUCCAUAUGUACGUAAACAAACAACUUGGAUAACACUUUUUGAAAUACUAUGGCUAUGUGACCCAUGCAGUAGCCAAAAUGUUGCAAUUGAUUUUUUUUUUUUUAAUUCUAAAUAGAGAUAAGAAUCAUCUUACACUCUUUCAGUAGAUAAAUUUAAAAUGAAAGCAAAUUACAAAGUUAAAUACAUCAAAUAUGACAUUGCAACCCUCUAAAGAAUCAUUCUUUUGUCUGUGAAUGAGUACCUGAAAUAUUACAGCUGAUCUACAGUAUAUAUAAAUCUGCUUAUCAUGCCAUGAAGAGAGUUAAAAGCAUCUACGGAACCUAGAUAAGAGUUUUGAUUAGUAUUUUCUUAUUACAGUACUAAAUGUAAAUGGAAGGAAAUUAAGGAAAACUUUGUAUCUUUCAUUGUUUACACUCUGAUUCAGCAGACAAAUGUAUAUGCAGAAAAAAACCCCAAGAACAAUGCAUAAGAUGAUUCAGGCCAGCGGUAUUCAUAAAUAUAAAUAAAACCAACAGUGUGUGCUCUGCAGGCACCAGGGUUGACAAAAUGCAUAUAUAUCAAAAUUUAAGAAAAUAUUCCUGUUAAGGUCUACAGAGUUUAAGGGUUAUAAGUAUAAAAUACAAACUAUAAUUUGAAGAUGAGUUUUACUUUGAAGAUUCUUUAUACUGUAUCAAUACCUUUUAGAACUCUGCCUGAUAUUUUGUUUAUCUAAAAAGGGAGCAGCUAGCAGCCUUGGGAUGUAUGUCUCAUUACUUAUCUGCAUAACUUCUGUGGAAGAUAUGCAUGAAUGUUUGGUGAUUACACUCCCUGAGAACACGGGUUUCACAAGCUUCAUUUUGAGGAAGAAAGAAUCCAGGUUAAGGAAAAACAAAAAAGUAAGAGAAAGAGAAAGCUACAUAAGAAUUGGGGAUAAUAAAAGUGAUUAAAUAAAUUCAUUCAUUUCUUUUGCAUUCUAUUACAUCUUCUGUACCACUGUAUUUUCCUAUUUCAAAGUUUUCCUUUCUAAAAUAAAACUAAUUUCUAGACUAAUAAUGAAAAUACCUUUUUCGUUGAGAUAUAGUUCCCUUAUUUCUUAGUCAUGUACCUCUUCAAAAAUCAGGACCUUGGCACCCAAACCACAAUGUUAGAGUUUGGUAUUAAAAAGAAAUCUUUUCCAACCAUUUAAGCAAUUUCUCGCUCAGCCAUGGUUUCACAAAAUGUAAACAUUUUGAAACUAAAAUGUAUGUAUUUUUUUUGCUCUAAAGAAUUCAAGGGCUGCCAAAUCUACAUGUAUUAACAAAAAAAAAAAAAAAAAAAAAAAAGAGACAUAUGUAAAUAAGUUAGGGAAGUCCCAAUAGUUGUGCAUUGUUCAUAACUCAAUGUGAAUUUCACACUGAGCAGCAUUUCACCAUUGGAAAAUAAAAAUAAACUUUUUGUUCAUA